ACACUGCCACAGGACACAGCAGUGUACAGCACAAACUCAACUGUUGAAGAUCUGAAGCUGACGUUGCAAUAGGAAGGACGAAGCCAAUAGAGGGGCCCAUCACGUGCUGCUUCUCCGCUCCAACUCCUACAUCCCCACUCUCUCUCUCUUCCCCACAUCGUCGCGAUUUUGGACACCCAUUGCCGGGUCGACACAGAAGAGAAGACCCAAUUUUGAUCCCUUUUUUCUAAUCCGUAUUAACAUUGUUCUUGUCAAAUUCAGAUUUUAGCUUUGAUGUCGCAAUUCCCAUAAACCCCCAACUCCAAACAGUAGCACAAUUUCCAAGGAAGAAUGAAUAACGUCAAAGGCAAAGGCAGUUUCUCGGCUCCUGGUGAUUACAUCUACUUCAAAUCCCAAGUUCCCCUUCACCAAAUUCCUGUUGGCUUGAAGCAAUGGAGAUAUUAUGACUUUGGUCCAAAGGCGGUUCCACCCCUUAUCUGUAUUCCAGGGACAGCAGGAUCAGCCGAUGUGUACUAUAAACAAAUAAUGGCAUUGUCAAUGAAGGGUUACCGGAUCAUUUCUGUUGAUAUUCCUCGAGUGUGGAGUCAUCAUGAAUGGAUUCAUGCAUUUGAAAAGUUCUUGGACGGAAUUGAUGUUCAUCAUAUCCACAUUUACGGAACAUCACUUGGAGGCUUUUUGGCACAACUUUUUGCUCAACAUCGUCCAAGACGAGUCAAGUCAUUAGUACUCUCAAAUACAUUCUUGGAUACACGUACUUUUUCAGCCGCUAUGCCUUGGUCUCCUGUUGUGAGCUGGGCACCUUCAUUUCUUUUGAAAAGAUAUGUCUUGACGGGUAUUCGUGAUGGCCCCCAUGAGCCAUUUAUUGCCGAUUCUGUCGACUUUGUUGUAGCGCAGGUUGAAGCACAUUCAAAAGACGAUUUGGCUUCCAGAUUGACUUUGACGGUUGAAUCUGCUUCAGUCGGACCUCUUCUGCUGUCAGAUGCAUCUAUAACUUUAAUGGAUACAAAUGACUAUUGUGCGGUUCCACAAGAGCUUAAAGACGAAAUAGGUGAAAGGUAUCCUGGAGCUAGACGUGCAUACUUGAAAUCCGGUGGUGAUUUUCCAUUCUUGUCACGACCUGAUGAAGUUAAUUUGCAUCUUCAGUUGCAUCUUAGACGUGUUGGAGUGGAGCCUCGGCCAGACUUGAUUCGAGGUGCUCCAAAACCUACUGAUGUCGGUAAUCCCUCUGUAGAAAAACAGAGAGGUUAUGAUGAUCACCGAGAUGUUGGAAGCUCCAGAGAUCAAUCAGAAAUUGAACAGAUGUAUGAUAACGCUGCAGACAAGCUACCAGAAAAUGAUGAGCAAGAAGAAGUACAUGAACUGCGUAAGGGUAAUAAAGAGAGUUGUAAAGGUCCAUUAGGAGGUGAUGAGAGAGAAGAUGAAGAUGAAGAUGAUCCAGCUGGAGAUGAUGGAGGAUUCUCUAGAGGUCUCUCAAAGAAGAAUGAGGCCGAGAAUACCAAAGAACCACUCCGAGAUGAUGAAAAAAGCUCAAAGAAUAGUGGAAGUACAAACGCCGAUGACAAUCCUAAAGAUUCAGAGAUAAAUAGCUCGAAUGAGCAAUUGUCAGGUAAUCAUGUUGCUCGCUUGUUGAACAAAGACCCACAAAACCUCUCUUCUGUUAUAAUGUUUUCUGAACUGGUUUUGCUUUCUUAUAUGCUGCUUCCCACUUUCUUCGGGGCAUUGUAUAUUACGUGUAGUGUGCAUUCUUGUAGAUGUAGAUAGUGUGAUUUGAAUGAAAGUUUGCACAAUGGUUGUGUAUGCUUAAUUUGAAUUGAAAGCCAUUUGCCAUAGGCAUAAACUCUUGCUGUUUUGUUGGA